CUUCUGAAUUGUUUUCUAAGAUAAACAAAACUAGAAUUUUUAACAUUUAGGAAGACAAAGACCUAACCCUGCAAUUGUCAUAAAGAAUGUUUAUGAUUAAUAUCUUCGGCGUCGUAUACGAAGCUGAAGUCUGGUGGCAGGGCCAGCCUAGUAAAUCUUUCAUCUCCACAUCCUUUAAUCAAGAGAGGAACAUGAUGUAAAAAACCCAUUUCCUUGAAUCUGAGCAGCAGCAGGAGGAGGUGGGGCCGAAUGAAACGGGGUUGUUACAGACGCAGCCAUCCAACGAGCCAGGAGAACAGAGAAAUCGGCACAAUCCCAGCCAUUUAGUUGGGUUUCAUGAUCCCGCUCUCAUGACAGAAACUUCCUGACCCGGCUGGAUAGCUUGACCUAUGACCUCUACAGGAGAAAGAUCAGUAAAACAGAGAACUAGGAGCGCGAGCAGCUUUCCCUAUGUAAGAACUCACAGGAAACAAACACUUAGGCCCUGUCCACACGUAGCCGGGGAUCUGCCAAAACGUAGAUAUUUUUCUACGUUUUGGCCUGUCAUCCACACAAAAACGGAGUUUUUUCACACAAAAACGGAUCUUUUUGAAAACUCCGGCCAAAGUGAAGAUCUGCGUUUUCUCCGUUCUGGGUGUCUGCGUGUGGACAGACAAAACCGGAGUUUUAAGGUCCGCAACGUCACUUUCCGCGACAAAAAAGUGCUGACAUCACGUGUGCGACCUGUGUUUACACUAGCCGACAGCAUGGAUGCCCUCAGGGACCCCAAAAAAACAAACGCGCCAUGACGUUGGACUUUCCCAGUUCUGUUCCACCACGAGAAACUUGUGCAAGGCAAGCGUUGCACUGAGCCACACUGUCUUUUUCGGACUUUAACAAAAAAUCCUGCCACACGGCCGACGUUGCUCUUGCUCCUUGCUAGUUUGUUAGCGUACACUGUUCUGAUCAUGUGGGCUUUGCAUGCUGGGUCUGGAGCGCUGCUGGAUAGAAUUGCUUGAAUGAAAUUUAAAGCGGAAUGGACCGCUCAUGUCGGAGAUUUUUGAUGCAGUUCGAUAUAAUCAGAUACAGUGUUUUUGGGCUGAUAUUGGACCUAUUUCCAAUAACAGAACGGGACAUCCCUCCUGCUCACCUUUGCUUACCUGCUUUGAAAUGAAGAUUUAAACAUUUUUUUAAAACAGAUAAACUAUUGAUACAUUUUACACACACGCAGUGGGCACGUACCGGCCACCGGCAUCAGUUUGUGUGUGCAGCACAGCUCAUCAUUGCCUCAUCUUUCCUUUCUAAUGUGUAUUUGGACAGGAAAUGCAUAAAUUAAGCAUUUUUUCUUGUAAAAAAAAUGAAAUCAUGCAGAAAACAAAUGUAUAUACCAGCCAACUGUACAACCCUCCCCUGGCUGCACGUCACUGUCUGGUAUUUACACUGAUGUCAGGAAAAACUUUACUUAUUUGUUUGCUGAUAGAAUUCAUAUUAGCUGUUUUUAAUGUGAGAUGAUUUCUUAGGCCACCUUUUAUCAUAUAAAUCAGCCACAUGGCAGCCAAGUAACAACAUUUUCAGGCUUUUUAUAAAUGUUUAACCCCUUUAUACUGGCAUGGACUGAAUCUGAUGAAUUGUGCAUAUUUUAAGUCUAGAUUAACAGCUCACCCGAAAAGAAUAAAGAAAAUCUACAGAAAAGAAAAAAUAUAUAUAUUUAAAAAGGAAGAAAAAAAGGAAGCCAAAUAUAUAAGAUUUUUUAAAUUUAAAUUCAAGGGCUGAAACUUUUUAUUUGAAUCGUUGCAGUGAGUGACCUUUAAACAGUUUUUGUUUUUCGUUGGGAGUGCAUGCAGAUUCGUCACCAGUAGGUGGCGGUAAUACAACAACAUGCUGUUUCUGAAGAAAUGACACAGAAGACGAAGAAGAAUAAGAGGCAGUAGUAGUAGCAGAAGAAGCAGAAGAAGAAAACCAGAAAUUCUUCACCAAACUGGUCAGUUCGGGUGCCAGUCAGACUACCAGGCGGUAUAAAUAUGUUGUAUAGAUUAGUUUCUUGUUCCAGCCGGACGCUCGCCCGUCCCGCUUUGUUGCUUUCUGUCUCCGUAAAGGGAGGCGGGCACCGCUACCCAUGUAGCCGGCUAGUUGCUGCAGGCAGACGGUCGUUUCUGAGUCACUGUAAGGUUCCGUCCAGCUGUCCAGCCACCCGCUGUCUCUCCACAGCAGCCAGCUCCGAGGAUGGACAGCUGAUUUACACUGGCAAUCUGGGCAUGGCUGUUCGAGGGGUGAAGAUGUUCUCGUACUGCACCAGCGGUGCUAGCCUUAUCAUCGUGCCGCAAGUCCUCUUGAAAACUGGAAUGGGAGUCGAGAGCUUCGCCUUGCAAGUUGCUUUCUGUGGAAUUAUUGGCUUCUUCAUAUUUAUCACUCCCGUUCUCCUCCAUGUCAUCACCAAGGGCUACGUACUUCGUCUGUACCACAAUGCAGACACCGACACGUACACCGCCAUCACCAGCAGCGUUUUCCUGACUGAACGAAGGUGUGUGUUCACUCAGAAUCAGGUCAGGAUCCCAUCUAUCAGCAAGAUGUUUACCACCUUCUACGCGGGUCAGAGGGGGCUGCUGGUAAACCCGGACCUCUUCCCUAUUCCACAGGACUACAACCAUCUGAUGGGCUACGAUAAGCCUUUUAGUUUUAGCACAGACCAAAUUGAAUAAAUGGCAAAAAACGGACUGAAAACAGGCUAAAUGUUGUGUAGCUACUUCAUCACAAAGAGGACACACGAAGCUGCAGUUUGACAACACAACUGUUGACAUUCACAAUGUGUUCGUUGAGUAUUCUUUGAGGAAAUAAACUCUAGACUACUA